AUGGCGAUUCUUCCGACAUGGGUUUUAGCUAUGAUGUGUCUACUCUUCUUCGUCGGAGCAAUGGAGAACAUUACAGACGACUCUCUGUCUAGAUCGGAGGACGUAACCGAAUGGAACAAACACGCCGUGACGAAUCCAGAUGAAGUAGCGGACGAAGUUCUUGCCUUGGUUGAAAUGAGUGUGAGGAACCAUACCGAGAGGAGGAAGCUAGGUUACUUUACUUGCGGAACAGGCAACCCAAUCGAUGAUUGUUGGCGAUGCGAUCGCAACUGGCACAAGAACCGCAAACGCCUUGCGGAUUGCGGUAUCGGAUUUGGAAGAAACGCGAUCGGCGGUCGGGAUGGACGUUUCUACGUAGUCACUGACCCAAAUGAUGACAAUCCGGUUAAUCCUAGACCGGGGACAUUACGUCACGCUGUGAUUCAAGACCGACCACUAUGGAUCGUUUUCAAACGCGAUAUGGUGAUUCAAUUAAAACAAGAACUGAUCGUUAACAGCUUUAAAACGAUCGAUGGUCGCGGCGCAAACGUUCACAUCGCUAACGGCGGUUGCAUCACGAUUCAGUUUGUGACGAACGUGAUCGUUCACGGAUUGCAUAUUCAUGAUUGUAGACCGACCGGUAACGCUUUGGUGAGAAGCUCACAGACGCAUUUCGGGUGGAGGACUAUGGCCGAUGGUGACGCGAUUUCGAUCUUUGGUUCGAGCCAUGUUUGGAUUGAUCAUAACUCGUUGUCUCAUUGCGCCGAUGGGCUUGUGGAUGCAGUCAUGGGCUCGACCGCGAUUACCAUCUCUAACAACCACAUGACCCACCACAACGAGGUCAUGUUGCUCGGACAUAGUGAUUCGUACAUGAGGGAUAAAGCUAUGCAAGUGACCAUUGCUUAUAAUCAUUUUGGAGUCGGACUUAUUCAGAGGAUGCCGAGGUGUCGACACGGAUACUUCCAUGUCGUGAACAACGAUUACACUCACUGGGAAAUGUACGCAAUCGGUGGAAGCGCAAACCCGACAAUCAACAGUCAAGGAAACCGCUACGCAGCUCCGAAAAACCCUUUUGCUAAAGAGGUGACGAAGAGAGUGGACACACCAGCGAGUCAUUGGAAAGGAUGGAAUUGGAGAUCAGAAGGAGAUUUGCUUCAAAACGGUGCUUACUUCACUUCUUCAGGAGCCGCCGCGUCCGGUAGCUACGCCCGUGCCUCUAGCCUCGCCGCUAAAUCUUCCUCAUUGGUCGCAACCAUUACUUCCGACGCUGGAGCUCUACCUUGUCGUAGAGGACGUCAAUGUUCCUCAUAG